GCUGUACGUAUUAUGGUAGGUGACCACCAUUAGACUUAUAGAGAUAGAAACAAAACAUGAGGUAGAGAAUUAGAAGCUUGGGCGACCCGAUUUCAAUGGAGAAAGCAACUAUAUUUCUUCUUUUACUUGUUCCACUCAACAUUCAAAGCAUCUCUUCAGUCGAACUCCACACCAUUUCAGAUUCAAAAUUCUUGACAGAAGGAGACACCUUGGUCUCACCGGCCGGACUUUUAGAACUAGGGUUUUUCCGGCCAGGAAACUCCGAUAACAAAUACGUCGGUAUUUGGUAUAAGAAGAUCCCUGUUCAAACGGUGGUUUGGGUCGCCAAUAGAAACAACCCAAUCCCCGGUGACUCUUCAGGCACUCUAAAGAUCAUCGAAACAGGAAAUCUAGUCCUCGUCAACGACACAAACGAUGUCGUAUGGUCAACCAACAUGACGUCAUCAGGCACGACCGCAAUUGCACAGCUUGACGACUUCGGAAAUCUAGUCGUCAGAGAUGGAAUCAUCAAGAACAAGAUUCUAUGGCAGAGUUUUGAUUAUCCAACUGAUACCCUUCUUCCUGGAAUGAAGUUCGGGAGAAACUUCUUGACAGGAAAAGAAUGGGGUUUAUCAUCAUGGAAGAGUAAUCAAGAUCCAGCUCCCGGUGAUUACACGUGGACUGUUGACACACGUGGCUACCCUCAGAAUCUACUUAGAAAUUAUGGAUCGAUCAAGUUCCGGGGUGGACCAUGGAAUGGUGUAAGGUUCAGUGGUGCUUCUGGGUUUAGUAAGAGUAUGAUCUUUACAACCGAAUAUAUUAUUAACGAAACAGAGGUUGCUUAUACUUAUUAUCUUCAAAACAGUUCUGUGGAAUCAAGAUUUGCGUUGAAUUCAUCUGGGCAGUUAGAACGUUAUGUGUGGGUAGAAGAAGCUAAAAAAUGGCAGCUUAUUUUGGCAUUACCUAAAGAUAUAUGUGAUACAUAUAACAUCUGUAAUGCUUAUGGAAGUUGUAGUAUUUUGACAUCACAGACAUGUGGGUGUAUCGAUGAGAAAAGAUUCAUGCCCAAAAACCAAAAGGGUUGGCAGAUAGCAGAUUGGUCGGGUGGAUGUGUGAGGCGAACACCAUUGGAUUGUAAAAAUGGAUCUGAUGGAUUUGUUAAGUAUUCUAGUGUGAAAUUGCCUGACACAAAGAGUUCAUGGUUUAACAUGAGUAUGAGUUUGAAAGAAUGUGAAGCAAGAUGCUUAAAGAAUUGUUCUUGUAUGGCUUUUGCAAAUACAGAUAUUAGAGGGGAUGGAAGUGGUUGUUUGAUGUUCUUCAAUGAACUUAUGGACAUUAGAGUAUACUCGGAGGGAAAUGGAGGUCAGGAUCUCUUUAUAAGAAUGGCUUCCUCGGAAUUAGUUGCUCAAAAUGUUCUUGAAAAGAAGGGAAGAUCAAAAAUGAAAAUAAUCAUACCAGCAAUUUUUUUUGGGGGUUGUGAUAGGCUUGAGUGCUACAUGGUUCUGGUAUAUAUGCAGAAAAAGGCACCAUCCACAACCAAAGAGGGAAGGGGAAUAUUCUCAUGUUUUUCACCUGAAAAUAAACUUGGAGAAGGUGGAUUUGGACCGGUUUAUAAGGGUAUACUAGAAGAAGGACAAGAAAUUGCUGUUAAGCGUCUCUCCAAGACUUCAAGUCAAGGACUUGAUGAAUUCAAAAAUGAAGUCAUUUGCAUUUCAAAACUUCAGCAUCGAAAUCUUGUUAGACUACUCGGAUGCAGCAUAGAUGGAAAUGAAAAGUUGUUGGUUUAUGAAUACAUGCCAAACAGAAGCUUAGACUGGUUUAUAUUUGAUAAAACACGAAGCGGAUUACUUGAUUGGACAACACGUUUCAACAUCAUCAAAGGAAUUGCUCGAGGACUUCUUUAUCUCCAUCAAGAUUCGCGAUUAAGAAUCAUCCAUAGAGAUCUUAAAGCUAGCAAUAUUUUACUUGAUUUGGACAUGAACCCUAAGAUAUCAGAUUUUGGCAUUGCUAGAAGCUUCGGAGGAAAUGAGACUCAAGCAAACACCGAGAGAGUCGUGGGCACAUAUGGUUACAUGUCCCCAGAGUAUGCACUAGAUGGUAUUUUCUCAAUAAAAUCGGAUGUAUUUAGCUUCGGUGUUUUGGUGCUUGAGAUUGUGAGCGGGAAGAGGAAUAGGGGAUUCGUUCAUCCUGAGCAUGACAAUAACCUCAUCGGACAUGCAUGGAGAAUGCAUAAUGAAGGAAGGACAAUGGAACUCAUUGAUACAACUUUCUCCAAAUCAAGCGAUCCAUGUGAAGUUUUAAGAUCAGUUGAAGUGGGAUUGUUAUGUGUGCAACAAAGUCCAGAUGAUAGGCCAGAAAUGUCGUCUGUUGUUCUAAUGUUGGGCAAUGAGGGAGCAAUGCUGAAACCUAAGCAACCAGCAUUUUUCACGGAAAGGAACUUUCUUGGGCCGGAUUUUUCUUCAAGUACUUACCCAACAAGUUCAACUAAUGAUGUAACUGUUACAGAGGUAGUUGCUCGAUAGAAAGAAUCAGUAGAUCAAAUUAGGCUAUCAUAUAUUAGGGUUUAUGAAUCGUAUGAAAAUUUCAGAUACAGAGAGAAUGAUCAGUCGAGUAACAACCUAAAUUCUUUUAUUGUUUUCGUGUUUUCCGAUCGCACAUC